UCAUAACCCAAAACAUGGAUGGAAAAGAAGAUGAAGAAAGGGAAGGUGAGUGCGCCAAUGGCGGAGGAAGGAACAAAGAAGAGAAAGAUGGGAGAGAGAAGAGAGACAGACAGUGGCAAAAACGCAUCAUCUAAGAAGUGGCCUCUUAUCAAACCCAAGAAAAAUCUUCAGAUUAAUCGUCUCAAAGAUACCGAUCUUUUCACUGUGCAGAGUUUUCUCACAUCUGCUGAAUCGAAGUCAUUUAUCAAAGCUGCAGAAUCUGUUGGAUUUCUUCACCAAGGGAGUCUUGGUCCAACUAAAGGAGAAGCUUACAGAGAUAAUGAUAGAAUAUCUGUAAAUGAUCCUGUUCUUGCAAAUAUAGUAUGGGAGUCUGGACUUAACAAAUUGUUUUCUGAUAUUAAAAUUCGGGGAAAGGUUGCUGUUGGCUUGAAUCCAAAUAUCAGAUUCUAUAGGGGUUCAAUGGGUUUUCUACUUUUCAGGUACAAGGCAGGCCAGCGUUUUGGGCGGCACAUUGAUGAAAGUGUUGACCUUGGGGAUGGGAAGCGUACACAUUAUACACUGCUAAUAUAUUUAAGUGGUGAUUCUAAAGCUAGAACGAAACAUGAUCCAAAUGACUCAAAGGAUUCUUCCUUAGAGCCUCUAGUUGGAGGAGAAACUGUCUUCUAUGGUUCAAGGAAUGGUGUUGUAGCUGAGGUGGCUCCAACUGAAGGGAUGGCUCUAUUACACAUUCAUGGGGACAAGUGUAUGUUGCAUGAGGCCCGGAAUGUUACCAAAGGUGUCAAAUAUGUGUUCCGUUCAGAUGUGGUUUUUGCUUGAAGAGUGGCUGCCACUUCAAAAUGAAGCAAAAUCUGUAAGAUUGUUUACUUCAAGUCUGUUUCUUUGCCUCCCUUCUGAAUCUCUUGUCCUGCAGCGUUUCAUCUUCCAAUGUGCCAAAUGUUAUUCAGUUAUUUUUUUAUGCAUCAAUGAUGUAUACUGAUUUCACACUGAUAAUUACCUUGACAACAUUAUCACCGUUGCCAAAUUUUCGUAAUUGUAAAUGUAGUAGAAUAAAGAUGUUCUUCAACUAGAAGUUGUUUGUAUGUUUUGUUCCGAAUGGGAUCACAGCUUUCAAGUUCUGAUCACCGGUACCAUACUUGUAUAUCCCUUUUAAGGAUAAUUUUAAUUUGGAAAGACCAUUUUAGAGCUAAUAAUGUUUUCUUCAUAGUC